AUGGUCCACAGCAAGUCAACCACCAACCAACAUCGACGAACUCCAACCACCAGCACUGAAAAGCCAGCCAUGGUCCUACGAAGACUAUCCAUCUCCGCCAAACCACCUCGCUAUGUCCCCCUGCCCACGAAGGACAGCAGAUACGACGACCCGCCAACCCACACGACUGCCUCAUCCUCCUCCUCCUCCUCCACCACGAACACCACCGCCACCACCACAAACGCCAACACCACCUCAGCCAUCAACAACAUCUCUAGCAACUCCUCCUCCUCCAGCACCACUCUCCUCCCCUCCAAGUCAUUCUCAUCGACCUCCUCCAGCUCCCUUGGCGACGCAAAUGAACUUCAAUACCCCCCCUCGCCCUCGUCUAUCGACUGGUGGUCCAAAUCAGUCAGCUCAUCAAUCUCUCGAAUAUAUCGCCACCUCCGCUAUCUUCUCUACACGCUCGUCGAACUAGGCCCAACAGAUAAAUUCAUUGCUCAUUUCCGACCCCGUCGGUUCUUGAUCAUCAUCGCCUUCACCUCUAUCAUCUCUGCCACCUUGCUCCUCAUCUCAUUCCCCUUCAGUCCGUUCUCUCUGCCAUCAAUCUCUCAGUGGUGGCUGUCGAGCGGAUCAAGCUACCUCGAUCAGGAGGACGCCUUCCGUUGGAACUCCAUCCAAUUCCAAGCCGACGCUGCCGUACGCAGCCAAAAACAAAUCCCCUUCCUCCUCAACCGAUUCGGCUAUCAAUCCCUUCCAUCCGCCCAAUCCUUCUCAAACUCUGAUCCGAUACCCUCGAUCCUCCAUGUCGUACCCCCUGGAAAAGGCGUGUUUUCGUAUCUCCAAUGGCUUUCGAUCUCCUCUGGCGUCAAGCAGAUCAGGCCCCGCCGGACGAUGGCCCAUAUGAUCAUCGGGAGCGUGCCCCCACCGGGUACCAACUUUUGGUGGGAUGAAAUCGUCCGACUGCCGGGUUUCGAGAUACAUCACGUCGAAGAUCCCAAGGAGGUCUUCGGAAAUCCCAUCCUAGAUAUCUCGCACAAGUCCGACGUGAUUCGGCUCAGGGCGCUCCAAGAACACGGGGGAGUCUACAUCGACACAGAUGUCAUCGUACUCAGGCCGUUCGACGAAUUGAUGACCGGCGACGAGGAAGUCGUCCUCGGCGUCGAACAGGCCGAAGGCACCUUCCACAACCCUGUCCAGAUCAACGGUCUUUGCAAUGCAGUGAUCAUCAGCAAAAAGAACGCAACAUUCUUGAACACUUGGUGGGAUAACUAUCGCACCUUUCGUGGCAGACCAUUCAGAGGUGGUGGGAUUUGGAAUUAUCAUUCGGUCAAACUGCCAUGGACGCUGGCCAAGAACGCCUCCGAGAGUAACACGCCAGUCACCGUCUUAGACCACAAGUCAUUCUUCACGCCAUUGUGGGAUGACCCAGCUCUGAAAUGGGUCCAUGGCACGCUCCAAAAGCCGACUGGGCCUCCAUCCAGCCCGGCCCCAGUGCCGCCGGCGAAACGACCCCCGAUGUCCAAUCCCGAGGGGACCGAAGGACUGCAGCCGCCCAGCAGUCGUUUCCGGAUGACCCUGGCCGAACUGGGCCGCCCGUUGUCAGGCGAAUAUCUGCCCGAGAAAGCCGACGAUAUCGAGGCUCUUCAGCACGGGGAGCUGGCCCCCGACUUGCCCGGAUUCAGACUCGAAUGGACCGGCCAAUUCGCGUACCAUAUGUGGCAUCAUCUCUUGGACGAACGCAUCUCAAUCGCUACCGAUGGGCUCUUGAACUCCGCCUCUGACCUCUCGCCCGAAGAUACCCUCAAUAGAGAUAGCAGCUUCAAUCGGGUCGCCCGCAAGUAUCUCUCCCCGACCGUCUUGAAACGAUACUGGAACUUCAAACAUUCUAAGCAAGGAUCUAUUCCUAACUCUCCCUCCCUUAAUUCUAAAUCUACCAUACCUGUCCCUCCCUCACUCCAUGUAUAA